UUCAAUGAAGAAAUGUUCUGUCUAAUCUCAUACAUUUUAAAUAAAUUUUAAUGCGUCGCUAUCGCGUCGACCUACAAUUUCCUAACACCAAAAAACACAAAGAGUCGAGGCUAAAUGCAUCAAUACGACAUUUCCCAAACCAUUUCUCUGAACCACUUGGCCCUUAUAUCGUUUAUAUUAUUAAAACAAUUGCGAAGCUCUGCUUCGACAAGUGGAGGCUCAGCUAACACUGGCUGCUAAAUGGGCGGAGGGAUACCGGACGGGGCGGAGUUUCGUUAUCAAUCCUCCGAACUAAACCAACCCUCAACGGCAGAGCACGCGAAACUACCCUAGAGGGAGCACCUAAAAAAAUAUAUGAUAAAAUAAAUCGACUGUAAUAUGACGCGUUUUUAAGUGGUGGCAAUGUAUAACAUGGAGAAUAAUGGUGUGAGGUGUUCGCCUUUGGAAAACGUGGUGGUGCCCUUGACCAUAACCAACUCGCCAUCGUCAUCUGCGCACAGCUCAGACAUGUUCCUCUACGAUGAUUCCUCCAUGUCCGACGGGAGUCUUUAUGCCAGCGACCAGGAAAAUCUGUCUACGCCAAGAAAGAGGUCGGACUGUCGUCGAUUCCACAAGAAGCGGUCGCGCUGCCCGCAACAGCAGAUCCAACAGCGGCAAGCGGCGAACCUGCGCGAGCGACGCCGGAUGCAGUCCAUCAACGACGCGUUCGAAGGCCUGCGCGCGCACAUUCCUACUCUGCCAUACGAGAAACGACUGUCCAAAGUCGACACCUUGAAGUUGGCCAUUGGCUAUAUCAGCUUUUUGGGUGAACUGGUCCGAGCGGACAGGAGUGCAUCGGAGACAUUGUUGACUGGAGUCAUCAGCUCCCACAACAGAGAUGAGCACAAGAAGGUCAUCAUCAGAGCUCGUCAAAUAUUCGACGCCACCGGCAGGCCGACGGUGGAAGUGGACAUGGUGACGGAGCUCGGCCUGUUCCGCAUCGGAGUUCCCAACACAGACUUUAAAAAGCUGACGGAGGCCACGCAGCUCCGGGACAACAACCCUAGCGAAUUCAGCGGCAUGGGCGUCAACAACGCUGUAAAAAAUAUUAAUACCAUCAUUGCCCCGGAACUAAUCAAAAUGAAUCUGGAAGUUACCAUGCAAAAGGAGAUCGACCAGUUCAUGAUCGCCCUGGAUGGUACCGAGACUAAGUCGAGGCUAGGAGCCAACGCGAUCCUAUGUGUGUCGCUGGUGGUGGCGAAGGCGGGAGCUGCUAAGAAAGGCGUACCGCUGUACAGACACAUCUCAGACUUGGCGGGCGUCACCAGCAUCAUCUUGCCCGUGCCACAUUUCACAAUCUUGACAGGCGGUAUCCUAUCUUCCAACGGCUUACCUUUUCAAGAAUAUAUGAUAAUGCCAACCGGAGCCGCCACCUUUUCGGAAGCCAUGCGUAUUGGAAUUGAAAUAUACAAUUAUGUCAAAAAUGUAAUAAGAUCGAAGUAUUCUUUUGAGUACACUUAUGUUAGCGAUUCAGGCGGAUUUUCAGUACCUCUGCAGAGCCAUCGCGAGGCGCUCUUAUUCCUCACGGAUGCCAUCAAACAAUGUGGAUUCGUCGGAAAAGCCGAAAUCGCUAUAAACGCUGCAGCCACUGACAUGUAUAAAGACGGUGCUUACGAUCUAGAAUUUAAAAACCCACAUUCAAAUCCACAAGAAUACAUGUCUUCUGACAAGCUCGCCGAGGUAUACCUGGAUAAUAUGAAGGAAUUUCCCAUGUGCUCUGUCGAAGACGCCUUUGAAUUCGACGACUGGGCGGCGUGGACGACGUUGACCGUCCGGACACCUAAUCAGCUUGUAAAUAAUGAUUCCACUCAGACUAAUUUAAGAAGAGUUGGUUUGGCUAUUGAAAAGAAGGCAGGCAACACAAUUGCCUUGAGAAUAAAUCAAGCCGGAACCGUAUCCGAACUUUUAGAAGCGUAUAAAUUGAUAAAGGCUAAUAACUUUGGAAUUAUAGUGAUAGAUCGUUGGGGUGAUACUGAAGAUUUAUUUUUAGCUGAUCUCGUGGUGGGGUUGUCUGCGGGCCAGAUCAAAUGUGGUGCACCAGUCCGCGGAGAGAGAGUCGGGAAGUACAACCAUAUCCUGAGAAUAGAAGAAGAGUUAGGUGCUCUGGCCAAGUAUGCUGGAAAAAAUUACAGAGGGCAACUGCCAUAGCACUUUUAAAAAUCUGCAAGUAGCUACUUAAAUAACGAUGUCUUUAACUAAACCUGUUGUUUUAAUUUAAUUGAAUGGGUAUAUUUUAUUGCUGGCUCUUUUUGAAUGGCUAAAAAUCAUGUCGUCCUUUGCGGCGUGCGGCGGAGCCACCAUUUUAAAAACAUAUCCAAUUAUACCCACAUUCAAUUUUAAAUUCAAUGUAUGUGACCUUAAUAUGGCGUUCGCCAGACGUUCGUGCAAUAAAUCUACAUUUUUACAAGUUGCUGCAAAGCACAGACCAUCUUGCAAGUUAAUAUUGAGUACCUAUGUAAUGCAUGCAGCAGUAAUAUCAGGUGUUCGAUAGUGUUCCUCUUGUAAUAAAAUCGGGCGUCUGCUAAAGAGAAUAAGUCUAUGUACCUAGGUACAUUGAGGCGUGUAUGCCGGGUGGGGUAAUGACAGGAAAUGCUAGUUGUGCCGAUGUGGUGUCGCUAAACUGUAAUUAAAAUAUAUGAUUUUAAUGUAUGCAAUUAAAAACACCCCCAUUU